AUGGCCUGCAUCGAGGACGACCUCACGGACAGUUGCAGCUCCGGCAUGUUCUCCAGCGACGAAGACGUAGAUUGGAGCAGCGACGAGGUUAGUCUGGACGGCAACUCGGACGACGAAGACAGCGACUCGUAUGCGUACCAAGGCGAACGAUGGUACUGGACGCCGCCUAGCUCGAUGAAUAGUAUGCAGAGUUUUGAGGAAAAGUACGAUUCCUCAAGCCAGCGUAGCGUAAACCUGGAGGAGUUCGGACUGGAGCGAGGCGACGAGUACUACAGACGCCCCACAAUGUACGCCAUGUCAUCGAUUGACUUCGCUUCCGGUGGAGUCGUUGACUCCUGGGAUGAUCGUUUCGGCUCCAGCAAGGCCGACUUCACUUACGUCGCGACUUUGCCCGACAGUAACUCGGAUGGCGACGAGUCUCAGGAACCCUGUAUAGUCGCGGGAUUCUACAUCCCCGUGCUGUGA